AUGGCUCUAGUAGUUGGAUGCCUUAUUUUCCAGUGGCUCUUUUGCUUUCUCCUCCUGGAAGCAGCUGAUGAGCCGCAAAUUGUCAACAAGGGCAAUACCCGGAUUAUAGUGGAAUCGUUUCAAACGAGCUGCGACCACGACUAUGUGGAGUAUUUCAAAAAGGUUCCAAACUCCGACUUCCUCUACCAUUUUCGUGUUGUCAAAUUGGCAGCUGCUUUUACCAUCGACAUAACCAUGAAAGUGCAGAAAACCCAUAAAGUUUUGUACAAGACGGAAAAUAUAAAUGGCUGCGCAUUUCUGAACAAUCCGCUGAUGAGCCAGGUGUUUGCUGCCACCUACAAAAGCCUGGUGGUCAAUGACAGCUUCUUCAAGUGCCCCAUUAAGCCGAAGGUUUACUACCUCCAGUACAAGGACAUAGUUCCCAUUCCCGGCUUCCAUCCAGCAGGACGCUUUCAGCUCACAACGCGAGUGAAAAUGUCGAAAAGCCGGCAUCCGUUCGUCAUGGAAGUUAUGUGGAAGUAUAAAGUUGUUCGUCUCUAA